UUUAAACUUUCUCUUAUAUUUUUAACCAAACAGAUAAUGGCAGACAUUCAGGGAAAUCCGAAACGCCAAUUGAUUUCUGAGCUUCACAGUUCUGCUGCUGUUGGAGAUAAGGUCAGGCUUACAGCACUGCUCAGUCAUUUUCCAUCACUUAUCAAUGAAAUGGCUAAGAAUGGCUGGACAGCCUUGAUGUAUGCUGCUAGAAAUGGGCACUUUGAGAUUGUGCAGACUCUUCUUGAAAAGGGGUGUGACAGAUCUGCGACUAAUGAAUCAAACCAAACUGCACUGGACAUUGCUAAAUUCUGGGGCUAUAAAAACAUAGCUAACUUACUAGCGAAUGUGAAGGAUGGGCUGGAGCCAUUUUUCCUAACCAGUGAAGUGAGAGAGCAUGAAAACUAUUUUUGCAGGAUAUUCCUUGAUAGGAAGAGUGAGAAGAGGGUAGAUUCUAACUGGCUCAGCCUAAAACAGAAGCAGCCAACUUCUGUGUACAUUCUUUUUUCAAACUUAAGACCAUUGGCUAUAUAUGAUGGUGGUGAAGAAAGUUCCAAUUAUCCAAGAGUCAAACUUCGGAAGCUCUGCUAUGAGGAUGUAAAGGAGUACCUGGAACAGACUGAAAACAUUACUUCGGUCUUUCUUGGAGUAGAACUUGAAACAGAACCUCAGGUGAAAAGCAGCAACUUUCCAAUUUUGAAUGGGAAAAGUCCGAAUGAGGAUGAUGGGCUAGUUGCUUGGUUUGCUCUCAGUAUAGAUGCUACAACUGCUGAGGAAUUCACAAAGAAGUAUCAAGGCUGUUACUUUGUUCAUCCACCAAUGCCAACAUUGCUGCAUUUCUCAGAAAAUGAAGCUGGAAUCAUAGCUCAAGCUAGAUCUGUUUUAGCAUGGGAUAGCCGGUAUCAAUUCUGCCCAACAUGUGGUAGUGCAGCUAAAUUAGAAGAUGGAGGAUACAAGAAAACGUGCCUAAAAGAAGACUGCCCUAGCCAUGAAGGAAUUCACAACACAUGCUACCCAAGAGUUGAUCCUGUAGUGAUAAUGCAGGUGAUUCACCCAGAUGGUAAUCAUUGUCUUUUGGGAAGAAAAAAACGGUUUCAUCCAGGCAUGUAUACCUGUCUUGCUGGAUUUGUAGAGCCUGGGGAGACAAUUGAAAAUGCUGUUCGAAGAGAGGUAGAAGAGGAGAGUGGAGUUAAAGUGGGUCAUGUUCGCUAUGUCUCUUGUCAGCCGUGGCCAAUGCCCUCCUCCCUAAUGAUUGGGUGCAUAGCAUCUGCAGUGUCUACAGAAAUUAAAGUUGACAACAUUGAAAUAGAAGAUGCCCGCUGGUUCAGUAGAGAACAGGUUGUGGAAUUUCUCAAUAAAAGAAACCAGAGUACUUUUUUUGUGCCUCCGCAUCAAGCCAUUGCCCACCAGCUGAUAAAACACUGGGUUGGAAUGAAUGCCAGUCUUUAAAUCAAAGUGGCUGAGUCGCCAGUUUUUUAUAUCACAACUUUCAGUGGUUGUCAGUAUUUUGGAUUUAAACUAGAGGUAUUUAGUUAUCUAGUAUUUGUAUUUUGAAGGAUUAAUUUGCUAGUCCUCUAAAAUAUGUUUUCACAUAUUGUUCUUUUAUGAAAAAGUUUUAACACUGCCUAGAUUUUUUAAAAAAACUUUUCAAAUGUGAUCACUUUUUCACUUAUUUCAAUCAGUAUUUUACUGAUUUAACUUUCUGGGACUAUUACUUUGCCACAGAAAUUGAGAUGGGGUUGCAGCCAAAAUGUUCCCUGCUAUUGCCAUUUAUCAGAACCAGAACAGAACUGUAUAUUAAAUCAGGGCCAUUAAAUUGCCACUUGGAUGCCUGUAUUUAAGGAUUUCUUUUUCAGAAAGUGAAGAAUGGUAAGAGAACCUAUGAAGAAUGAUGUGGAAUCAGCAGGGUAUCCUCCUUGGGAUAGAUGUUAAAAUUCUCAUACCUCAACAUCUCUCAAUUGUAUGCUGUCAUAAAAGCCACUCUGAAGUGGUUACUCACAAGACCAUAUUUAGGGAUUGCUCUACACACAGUGCACCUUUCCUUCCUGUGUUAUUUCUAGUGCUGUGGGCUUGAGCUGCAUAUAGCAAAGGCAAGCAAUAUAUGAAUGGCAAGCUUGAUUACAGUCCCAUCCCAUGCUUGCAGACAUUUAAUAGUUUAAGCUUGGAUGAGAGUUGAGCCACCAAAGUUUUGUUACUUGUUGAAAAAAUGGCAGCAUUUCAUUAAUGUGUUUCAAUGUUGUCUUCCUAGCAUUUUGCAUGUGCAGCUUUAUAAUAUGGGAAACUGAACAAAUCGUAUUAUUUCCAUCACUGUGUAUAACCCUCUCAAAACAGGUUUCUAACCAAAGUCUUACUGAAGUUUACAUCACUAAUAAGAAUUGAGAUCACAUUUAUAACAUUGCCUUGUACCUUCUAUGGAUCCUUUAUAUACCAUUUAAUAGCAUUUAACUUGUAUUGCUUGCUAAAUCACAAACUUUAAUAAAAUCGUAUCUUAUGGGGAUGUUGCAAUACUGGA